GACGGUUCCGAUAAUGACAGUCUCUUGUUGGUACCGAUUGUGUGUAGUUUUGAUGUUGACACUAGCGCCAUUGUCUCUGUGUACAGCUGACACCCCAAACGAAGCCCUGCUGCAGGCUCAAACGACCUGCGUGCGUUAUUUAGGAAUCUCCGAGUCGCGUUUGGUUCAGUACAAUGCAAGUUUCUACCCACCGGACCGGGACACGAUGUGCAUGAUCCGUUGCGUAGGGAUAAUGCUCGGAUUCUGGGAUGAUGAAAAAGGCUUACUGCUUAAUAGCGCCCGUCAGUUCUUCCCUACCGGAAACGAUGUGGGGCUCUUCUCCCAAAAGGUCCUCCAAUGCAUCGAGCGCAAACUGACUUCCUACAACCCUUCGGAUGCCUGUGCCAGGGCUUACCACUCAUUCCGCUGCGCCAUGCGGAGCAUCGACCAGCCGAACACAAUCGAAAAACUAACGCCGGAGAAAUUCGUACGCGCGUUGGUCACUUGUGCAAAGAUUCUCCGCAUUCCUCCGAACCAUCUCAAGCUGUACAAGCAGGGAAUUUUCCCGGACGACACGGAAACUCGCUGUCUGCUGCGGUGUUUUGGUAUCCGUACCGAUCUCUACAGUGACACCGAUGGGCCGAACUUGGAACGACUUCAUGCCCAGUUUGCGGAGGAUCAACCGCUGGAGGACUUCAAAACACGGGCGAAGAUGUGCAUCGAAGCCAAUCGCCCGAUGAUCAAGGAUAACUGCACAGCAGCCUACCGUAACUUGUAUCUUUGCUUCAAACAGUACUUCAAUGCGUUCAUCACCAGGAACCGGGCAGCGUUGCUGAACCUCUCGCCAGCACCUGCUGCGCCGGGUGAAAUGCGACCCGAUAUGUUAGUAUACCGAGACGAUAUUUAAUAAAUUCCUAA